UUCAUAAUUUUAAAGGUUAUGUAAGUGUUUAUAAUAUCGGUUUAUCAUUUGUAUUUUUAAAAUAAUGAAAACUGUAAAGUGAAAUCUCUAUUAGAUUAACAGAAUGUCCACAUCGAAUGAAUCCAUUGAAGAGUCAUCAAAGUGGUUACAUCCCAACCAAUUAUUAAAGUUACAACGAUUAAAAGUGAAAAGAAGACAAUUGCAGGCUCGGAUCAAUAACAGUGAAGUAAAUGUACCUAAUGACGGUUUUAAUGCUAAUCUUAAUAAUAUAUCAGUAUGUGGAAAACGACCAAAUCCAUUCGUAAAACCUUUAGGAGACUGUAAACGCACUAAACUUAAUGUAAAUGAAUCGAGUGAUGGAACCUUGUUUGGCCUCUUGCAUUCCAAUGAUGCUAUAGAGAGACCACAUGCUUUAAUCUCUUUUAAUAAAACUAUAUCGGUCCCUAAUGAUUUGUGUUUGAAUAAAGCUGACAUUGUGCCGCCUAUAAAAGCCCAACAUUCGUGGGUACCUAUCGAUUGGACACUAAAUUGUAAGCUGCGGUUAUUAUCAUCUAAACCCUUUAGUUGGAGUCAUAAACUGAAAAUAAGUGAGGAAGCAUCUGGUAUUACUGCAUUUGUCAGAUGUCUAAAUUAUAACUCUGAAACCACACUUGAUACAUCUCCAAAUGCCAAAUUUCACCAAUGCUGUCUUUACUGGCAACAACCACAUUUUCCUUGGCUUAGUGUAUUUCCUCGCACGCAAGCACAAUCUUCUUCAGGCCCAAGUUUUGUUACAACGGCUGCAAUGCGUGACAAUUUACAUAUGGCAUGGUCUGAUGGUUUGCGUUCAUUAUUUCAAUUGUUACGAACCCGACAAUGUCCAUUUUUCUAUGUUUGUACCAAUACUUUUACAGUAUUAUUUAGGGCUGCUGGAAUAUGUGGCCAUGCAGAAAUGGUUGCGUUAAUAACUCCUACAACGUAUGGAUUUAGACAGUUGCUAAGGCAAGAGGAAAUUGAAUUUUCAAUGCCUUUAAAAGUAAAGUCUGGCACGAAAGAUAAAGGUGACGGUUCUGAUGAUGAAGGAUCUGAAGAGAAGUGGCUUGCAAGUAUGGGCAUAAAUGCAGAGGAUAGAAAACAAAUAAGUUAUACUGAAAAACAACGUCAUCGUAAAACAGAAUGUGAGGUAGAUAAUAGUGAAGGAAGUUUAGUUCUAAUACAAGGGAUGGAAGUUCAUGGUCUAUAUAAUUUUCUUAUUAAUUGCAAAAGUGCUACAAGUAUCACCGGUUCUUUAGCAGGUAUCCCUCCGACUCUUCUGUCACCAAUUGCCUUUCAAGGUGCAACCUUAUCAACUUUGAAAAGUUAAAUGGACCUAUUCUACCACAUAUUAUACAUAAUUUGUCUGAAUUAAACCCACAAGACCAAAGCUUUACUGCUACUUUCGGACAUAUUACCUCUUCAAUGGCGUUUAGUAAAUUAGGGGAAACU